AAAUGUUGACGAGCAAAGACGUGUUUUUGAAUCCUUCGAAGUGUUUUUUUUUAUUGUGCAAUAUUACUUAACUCUUGUGAAAUAAUAAUAACCGACAGGUCUUUGUGCUAGAAGUUGAUAUUUCGAAAAUAUUGAACAGAUUUAAACCCAAAGUUUUACCUCAAGAAAGUUCUUGAAGCAACUAUUGCAAGUGUACCUUUGUGUGACUCAUUCAACGCUGCUUCCGGAUGUACCUGACGGGAUGGCCAACUGCAACUGUGAAGAAUACGAAAAGGAUGGCCAACUGGGAGGAGCUCGUCACGGCGACUCCUAUCAGAUCCAUGUGCUGAUGAUGCUCUACCUGCGGGCUGCCGAGAACGAUAGGUUCCCAAACUUCCGCUUAUCGACUGAAUGGAAAGAAGCGGGGAAGUUUGACGAUGCAGUUCUGACAUGGACCAAUGAUCAAGAGCCCAUUUCUGGCAAUUGUUUGUUUAUUCAAGUAAAGCACAAGAUUUCGACGGUCCACCCCGAACUUAAUGAAAUUCAUUUUUUUCCCGAUAAGGAUAAAAUGAAGGGAGAUUUUUCGAUGUACAAAUAUUUGGCAUCAUUUUUGCAAAUCAGCAACAGUGGUCGGUUCGCCGGUAGCAACUAUGAUUUUGUUAUAUACACAAAUGCGGGAAUUGAUAAAAAAUUUUUGCAUUGUUUCAUCGAAACUGAGUUCAUCCACCCAUUGGGAAGCAACGGUAGAUUUUUGAAGAUGAAUGAUGAAGAUGAAUACGUAGCGAAAUUGUUAAAUCAUUACAACGAAGAUUUUAACAAUCUGCUGCAAGUUUUGCGAGAUGCAUUUCUAAAUGGUGUCUUCGAGUCUCAGGAAGUAGUAGUGAAGUAUCGGGGGGCGUUGUAUAACAAAGUUUUGGUUGUCAACGGAGAUGUCGUUAGGCUGGCUCCUAGAUUUAAUAUGAAGAAUCGUUUGGAUCUUCCAGAGCAAAAGUUACACGAGCUUCUGACGAAAGAAAAUACAACACCAGAGCAAAGGAAGGCUUUAAGCAUUAAAAAUUCGCAGCUGGUAGAAAUUUUACAAUCUAAAGAAAAAUCCCUGAAUACUCUUCCUCGAAUUAUUGACAGAGAAGAAGUCAAACAUUUUCUGAAAAAAUUAACCGUUGCCAUCGACCAACCAAAUUAUUUUUCUGUAGAGAAUAUAAUCAUGGAUCAAUUACGAAAACAGUCGCCGGUGAAGGAUACCGCAUCCAAAGAAUGCUAUGCUCGACUAAUGUAUACGAAACUACAUAAACUAAUCAACGAUCGGUUGGACCACAAAUCAAAGUGUCAUUUUUUAUGCAAACAAGAACUGACAAUGCUAUUCCAGGAUGUUCAUCAUACUAUUGCAGAGUUGAAAUUGGAUACCUUCACUAGUAUCUUCCAAGGCGAGAUGCAAAAAAUGUGCAUUGAAUUCAGUGACCGGUCUCCACUGGAUCAAUUGUUUGAUUCGGAAUUCCCAGUAGCUCUACAUAAAAGUACAAAUGAAGGUUUAUUGACAUGUCUCAAAUUGUACCAGACACUAGAAAAUCAUCGAUACAAAUAUGUUCCACUAAACGCCCUGGAAAUACCUGAGAUUCAGGAUCAGUUUGACGUUUUGCUCAACUCAAACUCAACUAAUCUAGUUCUGCUCAUGGACAACUGUUCAAAUCUUCAAUUUUCUACGAAACUGCUUGAAACAAUACGGAACAAAAGUCAAGUAAAACUAAUAUUCCUAACAUCUAGCAAGGAUCGUGCCACAACUAUUUUCAACAAUCAGAUUUUUUCAACAAUCAAAGAUUGUGAAAACAGUAUUGACAAGCUGAAAGAACAUAGUCAACGGAUGUUACUGAAGAAGUCAGUAAUAUUUCAGGGUAUGGAAGUAGCGUUGAAUGAAUUACCACGGCCAGAACUAUUCCUGAAAGAUUCAACACUUGAAAAGUUAUUACAAAAUAAAACCAUUGAAAUUGGAACCGCUCUACCAAAGCUUCAGCUGAAUUGUUAUAUCCCUCGAACCAUUAGUGGAGGUGAAAUGGAAAAUUCUUCCAACGAUCUGGACGACUACAGCACCGGUUCCGAUGAACUGGAAAGUAAUGAGCAGCCCACAAAGAAGUUGUACAGUGAAGAAGAGUUCCUUGAUCAAGCUCAAGAUAGUGACGGAAAUGUGAUUUUGAUGUCUUCAUUGUCCGGAAUGGGAAAGACAACUUUAUUUACUAAUCUCGCCUUGCUAGCAAAAAAGUUGUACAAAUCGAAGUGGAUCCUGUAUGUCAAGUUGCCUGAUUGUGCGAAGAAGUUGAAGACUCUCAAAACACCCGAGAACCUCGGUGAGGCUAUUGAUGUUCUACACGAUAUACUAGACCCAGAGUCAAGCUUCGAGCAAUCGCUGCUAUCAAAUUGGUUGCAAGAAAUUCCGAAAAGUGUUUGGGUUUUCUUUGACGGAUACGACGAGCUACCGUUGGAGUUAAUGGACCGAGUAAUAUCAUUAUUUCGCAUGUUGAAAAGUGCACUGAUUUUUGUCAGCACUCGUUGCCAUCAAGAGCUGGAAUUGGAGCAGCACUUGAAUGUUAAAGCAUUUCACCUAGAAUCGAUUAGUGAAAAUGAGCAAAUGGAUCUUUUUAAAAGUCUUCUAGAAGGUUCAAGCAAACCAAGCAGUGGAGAUCCGAUACGCCAAUUUAUAGAGCAGUUGGUCGUCAAAAUUAACGGUAAAUCUAUGGAAAUUGCCUGCAAAUUCCUUGGUGUUCCGCUACUGAUCAACAUGUUAGCCGAAAUCUAUAAACCAACAGUGAAUGAAUUUCUUCAGAGAACGGAAAGCACCGUUUUGCAAGACACUAAUCUAGAUUCUUUGAACAUUGUGGAAUUGUUCGAAAUGUUCGUGUAUCAGUCCUUCAAACGACAUUACGUGGAGAAGCUGAAAUUAGAUGAGAAUGAUCAUUUUUCAAAUAAAUUUUUGGAUCCAAAAAAUUGUACUUACUGUGGGUUUGUCAAGCUACAUAAUUAUCUCGGUCUUCUAAGCUUGCUUAAAAAACCAAAGAUGCAUUUGAUUAUUCGAAACAAGCAGGAACUUACAUCUCUAGAGGAUCAAGCAGAUCGUUUUUUGGAUUCCCAAAUUGUACCGAAAUGUUUGAAUGGAGUACCCCAGUUCAUUCAUUCUUCAAUCGCUGAAUUUUUUGCUGCCAAGUGCUUAUAUGAGUAUCUGAUGAGGAUGUCCUUCGAACAGAUAAAAAAGAAUUUCGUUGAAAAUAAGGACAAUAGAAACUCUUCAAAAAAGAGUUAUACGAAAGAUCUCUAUGAUCUGUGUCUCAUUGUGCUAAGAGACUUUCCCAUCGUUCGAAAGUUCUUUUUUUUUCUUUACGAAAUCAAAUGACAAGUUCCUGGGCAAAUUGGAGCAAAUACUCUGGUGUAUGCGCCCCUAUCCAUUGUUGUGGGCAAUUGAGCAAAGCUUUGAAGAGCUAGCAGAGCGUCUUAUUAAAGAAGACCCAUCGAUUGCUACGUUUCAGACA